AUGAACUCCGGCUCUGAUUGGCUAGUGGGAGGAAAAGAAAAGGAGCAUGGUCAGGAGAGUGGCCCUGUUGUCACCUUCCACCAGUUGCACUACUGCGUCCAGGACUCCAGGUUCUGCCGCAAGAGGGGCCUCAACAAGUUCAUCCUCAAAGAUGUCAGUGGCAUCAUGAGGCCGGGGAUGAACGCAAUCAUGGGGGCAACAGGCAGUGGGAAAACCUCGCUGCUGGACGUACUGGCAGGCAGGAAAGACCCCCAGGGGCUCAGGGAGGGACGUGUGCUGGUGGAUGGGCAGCCGGUGACCUCAGAACUCCGGCUCAGCUCGGCAUACGUGGUCCAGGAUGACAUUUUGAUGGGCACCUUGAGCGUGAGAGAAAACCUCCUGUUCAGUGCAAAUCUGCGGCUGGACCCUGAACUGCAUUCCGCCAAAGAGAAGCAGCUCCGAGUGGACACCAUCAUCCAGGACCUAGGGCUGUCUGACUGCGCCCACACCAAGAUCGGCACAGAGUUCUUGCGUGGUGUGUCUGGAGGAGAGAGGAAGCGCUGCAGUAUCGGCAUGGAGCUCAUCACAUCUCCCUCUCUGCUCUUCCUGGAUGAGCCCACCACUGGCCUGGACUCCAAUACGGCCAACUGCAUCAUUGGCCUGCUCCACAAACUCUCCCGUCGAGGUAAAACAGUGAUCUUCUCCAUCCACCAGCCACGUUACUCCAUCUUCAGACAGUUUGACCACCUGACGCUCAUGCACAAGGGGGAGGUGGUGUACGCAGGAGCUGCCGCCCAUGCUCUGGACUACUUCACGAACCUGGGCUUUCAAAUCGAGGCCUUUGACAACCCAGCUGAUUUCUUCAUGGACGUCACAAAUGGGGAGAGCAAAUCAACAUUGGAGCCUUUCAGAACAGAGAAUGGCCACACUCUGCUGGGCCCUGCCUACCAGCAAUCCCAGCCGUGCAAAGAAAUGCUGGAGGAGCUGAAGCACAUGGACCAAAUGCCGCUGGGAGCCAAGGGCAGAGUGAGGAGCGCACAUUACCCCACCUCCUUCUUCUACCAGCUCAAAGUGGUGUGUGCGCGCACCUCCCUGAACAUCCUGCGCAACCCACAAACCUCAUAUGCUCAGCUGGCUCUGAACAUCUUCUUUGCAUUGCUGGUGGGGCUCAUUUACUUCCAGAUGCCCCUGACAAUGCCUGAGGCCCUCCAGAACAGAGGGGGAGCAUUCUUCUUCCUUAUCAUCAACAUGGUGUUUGGAAACUUGUCUGCAGUGGAGCUGUUCAUUAAUGAGAGAGCCAUCUUUGUUCAUGAGAACUCCAGUGGCUACUACCGCACCUCUGUGUAUUUCCUGUCCAAGAUGUUUGCCGACCUGCUCCCAAACCGAAUCAUUCCCAUUUUCAUCUUCUCAGCUAUCGCCUACUACAUGAUGGGUCUGAAGCCUGACUUCGAGGCCUUCCUGUGCUUCGCUCUGAACAUGUCCCUGGUCAGUCUGGCAGGAGUGGGGCUGGCAUUCCUCGUCUCAGCCAGCGUCUCCUCCUUUGCCAUGGCCAACAUCCUGAUUGCUCUGCCCUUUGUCUUCAUGAUGGUGUUUGGCGGUUACUUAGUCAAUCUCAACUCCAUGCUGAGCUGGCUCGCGUGGCUCCAGUGGCUCAGCAUCUUCAGUUAUGGUCUUAAUGCGGCUUUCAUUAAUGAGAUGACUGGACAAAUCUUCUACAGUAACCAAACCAGGAUCCCAGGAGAGCUGUUCCUCCAGGCUCAGGGUCUGGAUUACUCUGUGUGGGGGUACUGGCAGAACCAGGUGGCUCUGCUGGGGAUCAUUGUGGUCUGCAUGUCCUUCGCUUACAUCCAACUGCGCCGCAUCAACCGCUGGAAAUGA